GUCGGCUCGGAACCGGGCUGGAGCAGCGGCGGCCGGGGCUUCCGCUCUUCGGGAGCUGAGGACCGUCGCUCCCUUUCAGCUCCCGAGCGGGCGCCCUCUUGAGCGCGGGGGGCCAGCGGCCCCUCUCCCCUAAAGACUGACGAUGAGCUUCCUCUUCAGCAGCCGCUCUUCUAAAACAUUCAAACCAAAGAAGAAUAUCCCUGAAGGGUCUCAUCAGUACGAACUCUUAAAACACGCAGAAGCAACUUUAGGUAGUGGGAAUCUGAGACAGGCUGUUAUGUUGCCAGAAGGAGAGGACCUCAAUGAAUGGAUUGCUGUUAACACUGUGGAUUUUUUCAACCAGAUCAAUAUGUUAUAUGGAACUAUUACAGAAUUCUGCACUGAAGCAAGCUGUUCAGUCAUGUCUGCAGGUCCACGGUAUGAAUAUCAUUGGGCAGAUGGUACUAAUAUUAAAAAGCCAAUCAAAUGUUCUGCACCAAAAUACAUUGACUAUUUGAUGACUUGGGUUCAGGAUCAACUUGAUGAUGAAACCCUUUUUCCAUCUAAGAUUGGUGUCCCAUUUCCCAAAAACUUCAUGUCUGUGGCAAAGACUAUUCUAAAACGUCUGUUCAGGGUAUAUGCCCAUAUUUAUCAUCAGCACUUUGAUUCUGUGAUGCAGCUGCAGGAGGAGGCCCACCUCAACACCUCCUUUAAGCACUUUAUUUUUUUUGUUCAGGAGUUUAAUCUGAUCGAUAGGCGUGAGUUGGCACCUCUUCAGGAAUUAAUUGAGAAGCUCGGCUCAAAAGACAGAUAAACGUUUCUUCUAGAACACAGUUACCCUCUUGCUUCAUCUACUGCUAGAACUAUCUCAUUACUAUCUGUUAUAGAUACAAACUUUAAAAAACAGUAUAAAGACACCUAUUGUCUGUGUGUACUGAUAAAAUUGUCUCAAAGGCAAGUUGGCCUAAUCUUCAUAGUGAGAAAUUAAGGACACAGCUGAAUUUGAGGUACUUUGUCACCACUUGUGUUAUUUCAGAGUCAUAUUUGGUUGUAAUAAGUGAUGACUAACUUAUAGCUUCUCAGUUUACUUAUUCAUAUACUGAAAUAAAUGAGUUAGUCUAUUUCAGGUGACAGCAAUAAUGGAUAUUUAAAAUUUCCACCAAUAAGUUAUUAACAGGUUUCCAGAACAAAUUUACACAGUCAGAUCAGUUUUACUAUGUUUCAUACAGAUAAUAGGUAUUUUAAAUUUUCCUUUAAGAUUUAGAACAUUUGUGUCACUUUGGUAACUUUUGAAUUUUAAGUUUGGAUGGUAGUGUUUCUAUAGAUAAGGUUGUAUGUAUACUUUUUCAAGAUCCAUGAUUGCAGCUUAAGUCAUCUUCUGAUUUUAUCUGAUAUGGGAAUAACCAAGGUUAUUUUUAAAUAACUUCCUUUUUUAAAUCUUUGGGUUUUUUUUUUAAUUCACAUUUGUACAUUUUUAGAAGUGUUUGUCUACCAUACAGUUUUUUCAAAGCAUCUAAGGGUGUUCUUAUAGAUUUUUAUUUUGAAUGCUUCAUUCAGAUUAAUUUUAUUAUGUAGUUUUAACGGAAAAGACUUUUCCCCAAAUUUAAGUAUCAAAACCACUAUUUCCAUUCACAUUGUUUUUCAGAGGCCUUAAAAUUCUGGAUAAGAGAAUGGAAGAAAGUACUUAAGAGUAUUUGAUUAUUUUGUCUUGAGUUUCCUUUUUGAAAAACAUUCUUGUUUUUAUUGUGACUUGAGACUAGUAGUGUAGAAUGCACAGACUUUAUCCCAAUAAGGAGAAAACUUCAGGAAAAACACAAUAAAAAAUCUUAAAGAUGUACACAUUUUAUAACAUAGCUUAAGAGAAGUGUGUUACCUGUGUGUGUUUGUGUGUGUGUGUGUGAGAGAGAGAGAGAGAGAGAGAGAGAGAGAGAGGAAACAAAAAUUGGGGAGAGUAAGUAAAAAUCUUCAUUUUGUUACUAGUUUAAAGAUGAAUUAAGCCCCCAAUAGGGGUUGUAUCCUGGUUUAAUUGUUUUUGUAUCAAAACUUGAAAUUCUUCUAUUGGGAUCAAAAAAAAAAAUCUUGCUCUUUACUCGAUCUAAUUUUCAUUUGUUUUCAAGGAUUUAGUAAAUUCUCGGUGACUAUUUAAAAUGUAUUGAGGCAUAAUUGUGCUGAAGACUUAACCAGAUUGGCAAAGCUUUAAAGUUCACCAGCAUUUUCUGUUUCAAAGAUGUUGGGUUUUUUUGUUUGUUUGUUUGUUUGUUUGUUUGUUUUUUAACAGAGACCUCACAAACUUCCUUGAUGACUUUGGUUAGGGUUAAAUUUGAUCUAUAUAUUUUUUAAUUUUACUAGAGUAUAAUGAAAAGAACUGCUUAGAAAUCAAACUUUUAUAGAAACUCAAAUGUCAGUAAUUUCUAAAAUAUAUACAGAAUUUUAGGGGAAAAUUAUGUUUAAUUGAGGAUGAAACAAUACAUCAUUGUGUAAAGAAUUAAAGAGUGAGAUUAAAAAAAAGAUUGAGAUCAUCACUUACAAAAAAAAGAGCUGUCCAAAACAUUCCACAGUCCAUGUUUAAGGUUAUCCACAGGUACUUGUCAGGUGUUCUGUAGGUUUAUAUUGAUUGUUUAUUAACAAGAAACCAGGUUUCUAGAUCCCACCUAAUAUGUGAUUGCCUCUCAAUUUUUAAAUCUUUUUGGCUUUUUUUAAAAAGUCUGAAAGGAAUGAAAUUA